UAGUACGUUGUUUUCUGUACAAAAGCCAUAGCAACAUAUGCUGUCAAAAUAUCACGUAUUUGACAACAAUAUAUGAAAAAUGUUUGUGGUCGAUAUAUUAGCUUUGGCUCGCUAGGUUCUUGACAUUCCUCGCCAAAUAGCUACUGUCAAACUUUCAGUUUUAAAAGAGCGAUGACAUGCACGCUGGAGAAAGUCCUGGGCGACGCUCGCACACUGCUUGAUCGGCUCAAAGAGCACGAUUCGGCGGCAGAGAGUUUGAUCGAGCAGUCCGGAGCUCUAAGCCAGAGAGUUCACAGCAUGAGGGAGGUGGGGAACGCGCUGCCGGACAAGUAUCAGGAGGACAGUGCGGAGCUGAAGGAAUUUUCCAAGUACAAGCCGCACAUCCUGCUGACCCAAGAGAACACUCAGAUAAAGGAGCUACAACAGGAGAAUAGAGAGCUCUGGUUGUCUCUGGAGGAGCACCAGUAUGCACUGGAGCUGAUCAUGGGGCGCUACCGUAAGCAGAUGCUGCAGCUGAUGAAGGAGAAGAAGGAGAUGGACACACGGCCGGUGCUCAACCUGCACGAGGGCCAUGCCAAGGAGGUGCAGAGUCAGCUGGAGCGGAUCUGUGAGAUGGGACAGGUGAUGAGGAGGGCAGUCCAGGUGGAUGACCAGCACUACUGCUCUGUGAGGGAGAGACUAGCCCAGCUGGAGAUUGAAAACAAGGAGCUGCGAGAUCUUCUGUCCAUUAGUAAGAGCUCUCUGAAGCCUCAGGUGGAAGAAGUUGCCCAACCGCAACCUGAGCCAGAUUCUGAGCCUUUAGCAGAGUAGGGGCAACAGAGGGCAGAUUUUUCAGCGUAGUGGGUACAGUAAGUCACUCCAGUUCUUCAAGGCCACUUAGUUUUGCUUGAUAUCCUUUCUGCCCAAUGUUGUUUGGUUUAGAACAGUGUCUAGAUAAAAACAUUUUCCCGGAUAGUUUCAUAUUGGUCGUUUUUCCAAAGCAGACCAGGAACAAGGCUGUUUUUGAAGACUGAAGUGUACUCUCUUCACUGAGUUUUUCUUUUGGUGAAACUGAGUGAGGAUAGACAAACGAUUCUUUAAUUUUGUAAGGAAGAAAUGAACUUUUACAAAAUAAUAUUGCUGAUCCAACAUUUGUCUUAUUUUGGAUUGUUACUACCUCUUGGUUUGUCGGUCUGUCUUAAAUGGAAAAUGUAAAAAAUUAUUUGGACAUGGUUUUACUGUUUAAGCUUUGAAGCUUGCUUAAAUUCAUAAGAGCAGUUUCCUGGCUCUAAGAACAUCAGAGUUAUCUGACUUGUUAGUGUCUUGAUAACAUUAAUUAUUAUUAUCUUUUAUGUCAUUGCAGGCCACUAUGUUGGCUAUUGUUUAUAAAGUAUAUGUUGCUUUGUUUGUAGCAUGAUUGGUUUUUCAGUGAAAUGUCUCGGUUUAUGAGGACAGGUCCCAGUUCUGGGCUGUUGCAUCAUAUUUUGAGUUUAAGAAAUCAGGAAAAACAUCCAGUGAUUUCCCCUGCGGACUGCCAUACUGAGACCUGGAUCUCCUAGAGGCCUUUGUAGAGUUGCACUGUGUCCUUACUGGGCAUGUCAACCUGCUAACUUACUCAACCUGCCAACUUACUAUGAUUUUAAAUUAGGUUGAAAAUGGGUUACCAAAUGAGCAUAGCUCUCCAAUCUACAGCUUGCGUUCAUUUCUUGGGUUUUACUGUACGGAUAGUAAAAAUAAUAUUAUUAGUCUCUUUACAAUGUGUAAAUUAUUUGCCAAAUUACCGUUAUCAAUAAUUGUAAUUAAAGUGAAUAUCUCUCUGUACCACACAGCUUGGUACUUGAUGCGAGAAGUUAAAACCUUUCAUUGUUGUCAUGGCAAAACUAUUUGAUAUUUCUUGGUUCUGGUGUGUUGUUUAAUGGAACAUGGUCUUUUUUUAGGUUGGGGGCACAGUUGGUUUUAAGUGUAAUUAUCAUGGGGGAGGGCAAAUUAUUGGGUACUUGGACUGCAAAGGUUGUACCCCAAAUCACAGUAAUACUCACAGAACACAGUUCUACACAAAUAAAGCACAAACACAAGCAGAAGCCCGAUUGCCAGUAAUGUUAAAAUUUUUAUGGGUGAUUUUUCCGAGGAGACUUUAGGUAAAUGGGGGCGACAUGGCUCAGGCAGUAAGAGCAGUCGUCUGGCAGUCGAAGGGUUGCCGGUUCGAUCCCCCGCCCGGGCUGUGUCGAAGUGUCCCUGAGCAAGACACCUAACCCCCAAAUGCUCCUGACGAGCUGGUCGGUGCCUUGCAUGGCAGCCAAUCGCUGUGAGUGUGUGUAUGAAUGGGUGAAUGAGAAGCAUCAAUUGUACAGCGCUUUGGAUAAAGGCAAUAUAUAAAUGCCAACCAUUUACCAUUGAAAUACAAGGUACUUACAGUUGUAUGUAAACAUUUUGGCACCCGUGGUCAAAAAGCCUUCGACAAUUAAUGUUGUUGUGAACAGAAGGGAACCUGACUGAAUGGUUUUUAAAUUUUUAAGAUUACUUUAAGUUUCGUUUGGAAACCCUGUCAGUUAGUACUUCUCCUCGGGCAACUAUAACAGCUUGCAAAUGCUUCCUGUAGCCGGCUAAGAGUCUUUUAAUUCCCCCAUUCUUCCUGGCAGAACACCUCUAGCUCAGAAAUAUUCUUCAGCCUCCUUGCAUGUAUGGCAGGUUUGAGAUCCCUCCACAGAUUUUCAAUAAUAUUCAUGUCUGGGGACCGUGGUGGCCAUUCCAAAACCUUAUUCUGUCUUUCCUGGAGGUACUUGAUGGUUGAUUUUGAGGUAUGCUUGGGAUCAUUGUCUUGAUGGAAUACCCAGCCCCUCUUCAACUCAAAGUCUGGACUGACCUUUGAACAUUAGCCUCGAGAAUUUCUUGAUAUUUGGUGGAAUCCAUUAUUCCUUCCACUAGCACAAUAUUUCCUGUGUUGCCUGCUGCCACACAAGCCCAAGGCAUAAUGGAUCCACAUCCAUGCUUAAACAGUUGGCAAGGUGUUCUUCUCUACAAAGGCUUCACCCUUUUUUCUCCAAAAGAUUCCUGGUGGCCAAAAAGUUCAAUUUUGGAUUUGUCAGUCCCAAGCACAUUGUUCCAAAAGUCUUCAAGCUUCUCAAUGUUUUCUUUUGCAUACUUCAGACACCUGUGUUGAGGUCAUAGGAAAGGCUUCUUUCUGGCAUCUCUGCCAUGUAGGUCUUUGUUGUUUAGAGUAAGUUGUUGUCCUGUGAACAGAUAGACCUGUGCCUGCUGCUCUUUUCUGCAGCUCUUUUGCAGUGAUGUGUGGUUUCUUCUGAGUAUUUAUCACCAGGUCUCGGCCAUUCAACUCUAACAUUUACAGUUCAGGUUUGCUUCUGUUCAACAAGAUAUUGAUUGUAAAAGGCUUUUUGACCAGGGGUGCCCAGAUUUUUGCAUUCGUAACUGCUUCGCCUCAGUAAGAGAGGCAUUUUAUAAUCCUUAUGGUAGCUGCACCUUUUUUUAAUAUAAGCAGAAUUGGCUGCUGUCAAAUCUUGGAACACAAACGCAUCCCAGCUCCUAAAUUAUAUUCUCAGUUAGAAAACAUCCAUUUUCAGGAGCAAAAGCAUAGUUUGCCACAUGACAAAUUACAGUCCUUGAUAUACAGUAUUGGUCUUAUAAAGACAAUCUUGUAUACAUUUUGUAAUGUGCCCAAUUGAUACCAGUAACCCAAAACACACUGGGUCACACUGCCUUCAAGUAUCUGUACCACUCAAGAGCAUGUCCACCCUUCUACUCUGUACGGAUUUGUGUAAUAAUUGAUUUUUUAAAUCAAUACAGACACCGCCAAUCCAAUUUAGCUAAAUUUGGUACAGGAUUUGUAACUAGCUUUGCUUAAAAUCAGUGCUUUGUCUCAUUAUUUGUUGGCUCAAAAGCGAUUUUUCUGUGAUGCAGUCUCAUAGUAGAUAGGGCGGAACAAUUUGAGAGCUCAUUUUAAGCAUGAGACUUUUUCUAAUAAGUCAAAUUACGAAUUCUGGAAGUCCAGCAUUUUAGCUGUUCCUAUAACUGGCAUAAGCCAAAUGCAGCAUUAUAAUAUAUAAUGCUUUAGUAGUCCUUUAUGAUUCGAUUUUGAACUUCUAAAAUGAAAGUGUGAAGAUGAAUAUCACGUGAAUCACAACAAUGGAAAUUGAAUAAAGAUCAUUUGGUUCAGGGCUGAGUGACAAUGCUAAAGCAAUGAUGGUUGUAUAGAUGGAAGCACAGUCAGGGAAGCCACCACUUCCAGUUUAUUAGGCAAGAUAGAAAUGUAGCCUAUAUUUUUUUGUAUCUUUGUGCACUUUUUUAUAUGACAGCUAGGUCAUGACCAAAGUUCAUAUGACCACUGGGUGUAGAUUUGGAUUCCUACAGUAUUUAUUCUAUUUCAAUCGUGUUUAAACUGGAAAUUCAACAAAUAAAGCAGAAAUCCUGAGGAAA